UCAUCUCCAAUACUAAACCAAAGCUUAGACCCACCAGCGAUCCUUUAAUUCACUUCCUUUUACAGAAUAGGAAUUUCGCUCGCUUCCUAUCGUCAUCAAUGGCUUCUGAACCUAAAGAAUUACCUUCCCAAAAUCCUGGUCUCCACACUCAUCCUGAUGAAGCCACCAAGGGAUACUUCAUGCAGCAAACGAUGUUUCGUAUUAAGGAUCCAAAACCCAGUCUUGAUUUCUACUCUCGCGUCCUUGGCAUGUCGUUACUGAAGAGGUUGGAUUUCCCUGAAAUGAAGUUCAGCUUAUACUUCCUUGGAUAUGAGGAUCUUGCCUCUGCUCCUAGCAAUAAUGUCGAUCGCACUGUUUGGACAUUUGGUCAGAAGGCUACCAUUGAGCUUACCCAUAAUUGGGGAACGGAGAAUGACCCUGAAUUUAAAGGUUACCACAAUGGUAACGCAGACCCUCGUGGCUUUGGACAUAUAGGAAUCACGGUCGAUGACACAUACAAGGCAUGUGAGAGAUUUGAAAGGCUGGGAGUGGAAUUUGUAAAGAAACCAGAGGAUGGGAAAAUGAAAGGAAUAGCAUUCAUCAAAGAUCCUGAUGGUUACUGGAUUGAGAUUUUUGACCUUAAAACAAUUGGAAAUAUAACUGCAGAAGCUUCUUAAAUGAUGAUGUCCUAGCAGCGAGGACGACAUUUGUAAAUGGGUUACACCACUGAUGAGAAGACUAAUUAAUAUAUCUAUAUCUUUGUUGUUGGCAGUUUAAGGUUGUUAGUUCACAAUCACAUUGCAAUAUAGAAAAUACUAAUAAUCUUUGUCAAAUUUUAUGUAUGUGUUGGUUGUAUGAACAUUUGUUCAAAAAAAUAUUAUUGUCAUAAAAUUUGAACAGUACCAUGACAGGGAUGAUAUAAGUAAUCUCUUGCUCACUGGACAAUCCAUGAAGUGAUAGUUUGACCAAAAAAUAUGUUUAUGGAGCCCCGAUCCUACA